AUGAUGGCGCAGCGACCCCGACGAGCGCCCGCGUCGGUCCUUGGCGUCACCGACGUCCUCACGACGAUCAUCCAGUGCACGCCAAAGCCCAAAGACGUGCUUUCGUUUCUUCAAGCGCUGCCACCGAGUGUGCGGACGCCAGCGAUGGCUGCGCUUCUCCAGCUCUUGGUGCCCUCCGUGGAGGCCAAGAAUGGCUACAGCCAUUAUUGGCCGCUGGCGUGGCUCGGCAAAUCAAACGACGAUGACGUCGAUCUUGUGCUUAUGGCCGUGCCUCUCUUCAACAGUAUUGUCCUCGACGGCUUCUCGACGAGCCAGCGAUGGCCAGCGAGUGACGACCCCAACUACAGCUUUGGCUUUUGCGCGUUUCUGGCAAAGUGGGCCAAGAAGGUGGUACAAUUGAACCUCUUCAAGAUUUCUGCCAAGAAAUACCGCCCGGAUUUUUGCCGUCUACUGCGCCAGUGCACAAACAUCAAGUGCGCGUUCAUGCCGUACGAGCCCGACCUUCUCGAGGCACUGAUGACCCCCGCCCACAACGUGCCGGACCUCGAUUUCAUUCCCCCGACUUUGAAAACGGGGCAGCUGGAAGCAGCGGCGCUUAUCCAGCGCUGGCUCGCGUCCGGUCCCGGGCGCCGCGCCAAGUUUCGCAUGCUGCAAGCCGACGCUGGCCUCGCGCGCGCGCUCGCCUCGUCCCCGCACCUGACGAGCCUCGACCUGAGCCAUUCCGAGUGCAUUCUCUCCAGCCUCAUUUUGAACAGCGCUCGUUUGACACACCUGGCCGAGCUUGUGCUGGCUUGCGUACAUGGCACGGACGCGCCGGGGCGCAUUCUGUCGUUGCUGAACCCGCAUGUACUCACGAAGCUCUCUAUCGAGAUUCUCGUUCGCACCGAAGUCGUUGGACUUGCUCAAGCGCUCUCCGAGCUCGUGGCGCUCGAACAACUCGUUCUCAAAGACAUCGAUCUGUGCACGUUGCCGAGGAUCAAUGCCGCCGCGGUGUCGACGAUGCGAACGCUUGAAUUCUGGAGAGUGCAAUUGACGCCCACAAGCGUGGCACACGUGCUCGACUGGGUCACGCGCUCGCCCCGUCUCGAGUCGGUCACGUGGAUGAGCUGUGCGAUCUUUGGCAUGAACAUUGGCUGCGCCAUUGACGUGGUCCAGCGAUGCAUCCGUGCGGGUGCCCAUGCCGUGGCAUUCGAAGACUGCGGUAUUGAUACGCAUGGCGCGACGGCCUUGGCCAACGGACUCCGCAACACCCAUGCGCGCCAUCGCACCAUAAUCGACCUCUCGCGCAACAAGGUGCUGAUCGCAGCCGCACGCGCAAUGCUUUCGGCCCUCGCCACAUGCACCAACGUGUCGAUCACACUGACCAACAGCCUACGCACGCUCUCGGUCGACGACCAGGCCAAGCAAGCCGGCGUCACCAUCGAGUGGUGCCAGCGCAACGUAUGGCCGAGCUGCGUGUUGACGCUGCAUUCCACUGGCACCUAG